GUCACAUAAAGCGCUCGCAAAGGUACGCUAGGCGGGGCUCGGACCCAUUCUAUAGGGUCCGAGGGCUCGAUGCUCUCCCUCGAUGGGAUCCCCCUGCUAGGCACCCUCGAUUGGCCUUGAACUCUGCGUAGGACGUCUCGAACUCCGUGUUCGAGGGUAGCUUGUAUGGCACGUCCAUGCAGUCCCUGACUCUAGAGAUCUUGGGCGCCUGUCGAACCCUCGACAGGCCAGGCUUCGAACCCCUGAUCAGUAAGGCCUCGGAAUAAGGUUCCCUCGAGGGUGAAGAGCCCCCGAAAGGAAUAUUCCGUCACGGUCCGCGAGUGGCGCGGAAUCGCUGGUCGUGUGCGUGGGUCUUCCGCUGGUCGUGGGCGACGUGGCCCAGUUCGUGCGGUGCAUUGCGGGCGCGCCUUUUUAGGCGGCUACCUCGGGUAGACGAAGCGGCGUGGGCGGCGGCUGACGGAUGGAACAGCGCAACAGUCGCGCCGCGCCCAUCGGUUACCGCUCCGUAGUUAUUGCCGAGUGUGUGCAUGGGAGACUCCGCGGUCUACCGCAUUGAAUGUGGCAGAUUCGGGCCAUGGCGACGUAUCCGCGCGUCGUGGUGAAAUAAAAGCGAGAAAGAGGGGAUUGUUUGGGCUCACCUGGCCAUUUGCCUUUAUCUCCCUUGCCUUCUCCGCCUCCCCUGCAUCCUGAGCCCACAGCCGAGAGCGAGAGGAGGAAGACGGAGAGAGCGAGAGCGCACCUUAGGCAUCACAGAGCUUGCCUUCCCACAUCCCCCCGUAAUUCGAAGCAAUGUCGGAUGUCCGGGAGCCGUUGCUGUGGGGGAAAUCCACCGCCAUAGAGGCGGUUCUGGAGCAGCUGGUCGCCGACUGGCUGCUACCGAUGAACAUCAGCUCGGAGCGGCCAGCGUGGAUUCCCCCGCGGCUGGAGGAGACCGAGCCGAAUCCCCCGAGGGCUACGUCAUGAGCCUCGUGCGUCUCCACGAGCGGGGAUUCGGCGUCCCCGUCAGUAGAUUCAUGCGGGCGUUGUGCGAGCACUACGGGGUGGAGCUGCACAACUUUGGCUCCAACUCCAUCUCGUAGGCGGCUGUCUUCGUCGCUGUCUGCGAGGGAUACCUGGGGAUCGAAGCACACUGGGAUCUGUGGAUCCACCUGUUCCGCGGCGAGCUCUUCGUCGAGAACGUGCGGGGCCAGCCGAAGAGGUUCGCACGCGCUGGCGGCCUGAUGCUCCAUUUGCACCCGAGCCGGAAGAACCUGUACAUCCCCAAUUAGAUGACCACGAACAACGCCGGGUGGACUCGAGGGUGGUUCUACCUGUGCAACUUCGGCAACAGGCUCUCGGCGUUCACCAAUAAGGUGCUUCGGAAGAGACCAGCGAAGUGGGAUUGGGGGGUAUCGCCCCCAGCGCAUCAAGCUAGGCUCGAAGUGCUGAAAGAGGCGUUGGUGCACCUGGCGAGGAAGGGGUUGACGGCGGCUGUCGUCAUCGCGAACUUUCACCGGCAGAGGGUGAUUCCUCUCACGGAGAGGAGCCUGCCGAUCUUCGGCCUCACCCCCGGGGUCCCGGCCUCGGGCUCGAGGACGUCGAUGGUGUUGGUCCCCCGAGGCAUCGCUGCCCGAAGGGCGAGGAACGCGGUGGCGGAGUUCCCCGACGACGGAAACGAUCUCUGGGGGAUCAAGAUGCGCCCCGAGCCGGGGUACCUUUCAGUGGUGAGUCUCGAUUUCGAUCCGUUGCCGACUUGUGCUAUUCCUUUCCCCGCUCCCUGACUCUGAUUUGAUUGCGUUUUGCAGGGGGUGAGCCGCAGGUGCCACCCCUCGAGGCCUCCGAUCCCGGAGGAACGCGAAGUCAACCGCCUGCACGCAGAGGCGGUGAAGAAGCGGAAGGAAGUUGCGGAGGCGGCUUCCGACAGGAAGAGGAAAAGGAAAGGGAAGCACGACAAGGCGUGCAAAAUCGCACGCGCGUAGGGGAAGCCGCGGCCCGCUACGCCGGAGUCCAUGGAUGAGGAGGAGGACGCCUCGGAUGCUGAGGCCAACCUUACAGGUGAUGAUGAGACGGCAACAGGCACGGAUUCUCCGCCGGUCUAUCAAGAGGCUGGCGACGAGGACGCGCCAGUGACGCCGCGUGAGGUGAGGCCCAUGCCGGGAUUGUUGGUGGACCCGCCCCUCGUGGGGGCGGAGCGGAGGUCGCCCACGCCAGCGGCGGGAUGAAGGUCGCCCACACCGGCGGCGGGCGGAAAAUCAUCUACGCUCGCGACAGAGCGGAGGUCGCCCCUACCGGCGACGGGUGAGGGGAUCCCCGCGCCCGCGAUGUCGACGGGCGGCAACGGGUCCGCGGCGAGCACGGGGACGCCUGCGCAGACGGCCUCGAGGCUUCAGACUGGUCCGAGGACGACACCCUCGGAUCAGUCGUUGAGGGGCGUCAGUGUGCCGCGGGCCCGAAGGAGUGGCACAGGCAAACGCAGUAUGAGCGCCCGGUCUGGGUAAGUGUUUUUGGUUUUAUUCUUUGUGUUCAUUUAAUCGAUCCCCCAAUCCUACUAACCUCAGCCUUUCUUCCCUGAUUUUCAGCUCCGGGGCCGUUGCCAAGGAUGCAGCCCCGCUCGCGCCGGCCAAAGUCCUCAAGACCGGGGCGCGCGCCACGCCACACUCGGCGCCGCAGCCCCUGCCCGUCGUAGAUAUUGUGGCGGAGGCCGCGAAGCUACGGGAGGACACGGCUCGAGGGACCCAAGCGGCCCAACAGGCUCGAGCGCUGGGGAAUGUGGGCGAUGCCGGCCAGAGUGGCGUUGAAGCAGCCUCUCAGGCCGACGCCGUGGGGGAGGCCGGCCGGGGCGGCGCAGAUGGAGCCGCCUGGCCGGACGUCGAAGUCGAGUCCGGUCAGAGCGAUGCGGAUAGCGCCGCCCGGCCGGUCGCAGAGGAAAGACCUGGUGGGGAUGCGCAGGAGCGCCCCGCCAGCCAAACGGAGAUGGAGUCCCUCGUCCUCGAGCCCCCGAGGGCUAGGGUCGAGGGCGUCGCGGAGGAGGAGUCAGUGCCGAGGGCGCCAGUGGCGGAGGAAACCCGCGUCUCGGUGCCUGCAGAGGCCCGGGACGAGGGUGUCGUUGCAGCGGUGACGACGCAGGAGGCGCCGGAAAGCGUGGUGCCGGUGGUGCAGCUGCCGGAUAGCAGCGAGGAGUUCGGGGAUUCGAGGGACAUCGACCCCGCUGUUGCGGCAAGCGCCGCCGACAAGAUCGCCGAGUUUACGUCGGCCUGCGAGGAGGUGCUCAAUGAGGGGACAUCUGAGGGGCCAAAUCACGGGGCAAUCAUCCAGUCCAGGGUCCCCCCGGAGUUUCUCCACGACGAGCGGGAGGAGGAGGCCGUCUGGCAGGCGCAGAUCGAGGCAGACUCUCAGAUUCUGAACCACCUCGAUCGCGCCCUGGAGCUCCAUAGGAUGACAGAUUACCAGAUCAGCCAGGUAAGCGGCUUCCUCCCGGGAAUCGUUCGUAUUUUGGCCUUGAUUUCAUUUGUUUUACCCAUGCCUUUCCUCUUGCUGCGGCUGAGGGACAUCUCGCGCAAAAAGAGCGCCGAGAUGACCCAUCUGUACUCUCAGGUGCGCUGGCUUGGGCAGCACAAUGCUGGCUUCGUGCUCCAGAACAUCGACGCCAACACCAAGAUGACGGAUCUGGGGGCGCGUCAGCAGGCGCUAGAGGAGGAGCUGGCGCGCGCCGCCGGCGAGCGUGACGUCCAGAGGGCCGCAGCGGAGCAGAAGGCUCAGGAAGCCGAGGCGCAAUCCACCGAGCUGCAGCGCACUAGGACGGCGCUCGAGCAAAAGGAAGCCGAACUCCAGCGCAAGGAGGCCGAACUCCAAGGCAAGGAGGCCGAGCUCUAGCGCGAGAAGGCAACCGUCGCCACGCUCACCGGGACCCUCGAGGAGAAGGGCAAAGCCCUCGAGGGAAAGGAGGUGGCGCUCCAGAAUGCGGAGGCCGCCCUCAAGGAGAAGGAGAACUCCUUGUCUUCACUCGAGGAGGCCACCCGAGUCCAGCAAGAGGAGGCGCAGAAGAACAUCGCAGAGCUGAGGCAGAGAAUGGCGGACGAGACUACGGCGAAGGAGGCGGUCAACACCAUACUCAUGGCGGCGCAGGCGGAGUACGCUGACCUGGAGCGGACCGCUGUGAGCGUGUGCCAGGAGCUCGAGGGGGAGGGCGCCUUGUCUGGUAGCUUAGUGAUCAGCCGCCUGCGAGCGUUAGGUGGCCGGAUCGCUGAGCACGCCAAGAGCACCUUCGGCCUCGGUGUCCUGCGGGCCCUCACCGUGGCCUCGAUGCACUAUAUCAUGGACCUCUAGAGGGUGUCGUCUGGGUACGUCGUUCCCAACGACGCCAAUGCGGACGCCGCGUCGGCCAUCAUGGGCGACGCCGACACAGCCGCCGAGGAGUUCGCCACAGUCAUGGCCGGGAAGCUCGAAGCUGACAUCCCCCCGAUAGCCGAAUUCGAUGCUGCUGCAGACCUGCAAUGGGGGGAUGAUAACCUGUAGGGAGACUGGGCCGCGGAGCCCUUGUAAUGAAUUAGUACUUGUCGUGAUUGUACUUGUAAAUUAAGAAAUUCCUUAUUGUUAAAUCGACAGUGUGGCCCAUCGAGGCCUUGUGCA